AUGGAGCCUGAAUCAAAGCAACCGGACGCCGCAAGCAGUCCUGCGAAGCGCAAAAGGGCCGAGUUCGAGGACGACGACAUCGAAGUGCUGGUCGGCACUGAGCAAGCAAGAUUUGUCGUCCACAAGCACAUCAUAUGCGAACGCUCGACUUUCUUCCACUCGGCUUGCUCGCAACGCUGGAUGGAAGAGAAGAGGGCCAUCGAGCUCGUGGAUGACGAUCCGAAUACCUUCAACACCUACUUGAAGCUAGUGUAUGGAGGUGGUCUGAGAGCGAUCGAUCCUCAAAAACCCUUUCUAGAGUACAUCCGUCUCUACUCAAUGGCGGACCGAUUCGGUGACCUAGAUGCAGCGAACGCGGCCAUCGACGGAAUCAUACAGUUCAGCGAUCAGGAGCAUCAGGUACCCAAUAGAGGGCUUGUGAGACUGGCGAUGCUCUCUAGUUCAGCCCACUCGCCUCUACAGCGGCUUAUGAUUGAUUUCUACGUGCGGGAAAUUUCUGAGGUCUCAAUCGACAACCUCGAGGAAGACAAUGUGCUUCCCAAGGAGUUCUUGGCCGCGGUUGUGAAGGAGUUUGUAAGAAUUGCCCGCGCGGGCAAUGUUGCGAACGGACUGUGGAAAGAGCUCUCAACCUGCGCCAGCGAGAAACCUAAGUGCUACUACCACCAGCACAAUGACAGGUUUCCUGCUUGCGAAGACGCUACUCGACCGAAGUGA